AGUGCACCCUCCCCUCAUCAAUUUUUUUGCCCGUUAAGUUUUUCUUAUUUCUUCGGGAAGAAGAAAACCCCAAAGUCAUCACAUAUAAAUUAAACCCCACCACGGUUCUGUCAUCGAACUCCAGCGAGAGAGAGUAAAGCGGCUUACGGGUACGCGUAGUUUUGGAUAAGAUCCAAUUGCCUUGUUGCUUUUGAUGGAUUUUCUCCGACUGGAUCGCUCGUGAUAUUGAACGGUUCCACUCCCUUGGAUCAAGCUGGUUUAGGGUUUCUCUCUCUUACUGAUUUAUUCUCUCGGCGGCUCACCGGAACGCUCAUUUGAUUACUUUCUCAAGGCUUACACAAAGCUAUGGACUCUACUAAAGUCAUCAAGGUGAAAUAUGGAGAUACACUUAGGCGCUUUAAUGCGCUUGUUGAUGAAAGUGAGCAUCUGGAUCUUGACAUGGAGAGAUUGAGGGCAAAGGUCAUGAGUCUCUUCAAUUUCACUCAUGAUGCUGAUUUCACACUCACUUAUAUUGAUGAAGACAGUGAUGUAGUUACACUUGUUGAUGAUGAUGAUCUGCUUGAUGCGGUGCGGCAGAAUCUGAAUCCAUUGAGGAUCAAUGUACUCACAGAUACUGAGAAAGCUGGCAGAACUUAUGCUUCAAGUGGAAGUUCUACCCCCAUGAAACCACCUCAAGUCCAGAAUCCAUCACCAGUUGUCACUGCUGGUGUACUCGCAGAUACUGAGAGAGCUGGCAGAACUUAUGCUUCAAGUGGAAGUUCUACCCCCUUGAAACCACCUCAAGUCCAGAAUCCAUUACCAGUUGUCACUGCUGGUGUUGCUGAAGUAUUGAAAUCUGUGCCAGAUCCACUUCGCGAAGCACUUUCCAAGCUUUCACUUGAAUUGACAUCUAAACCUACAUCCUCUGCUCCAAUGCUUUCUGACCUUGUUGAGUCACUUUCAAGGAUUGGACAAUCCUACCUGAAUCCAAAUUCCCAGUUUCAAUUUGGUGUAGAUUCAGGCACCCAGAGGGAGCCUUCUCAAAGCCCUAGCACUCAAUUUGUUGCUAAGGACCCAGAGGAUUCAAAGGAUAGUGGACCUGUGACAGAGGUAUUGCCAGAUGCUAAGCAAGUUCAAUCAGCUUCCAAAAACACCCAGGAUACUUCUAAUGAAUGUCCAUUGCGCCCUUUUUCCUAUCGUCGUAUCCGUCCAUCUAAAAGAGGGCAUAAUCAUGGUGAUAACAUUCAUAUUUUCCAUAGGGGGGUUCGUUGUGAUGGCUGUGGUGUUCAUCCAAUAACUGGACCUCGUUACAAAUCCAAAGUAAAAGAAGAUUAUGAUCUAUGUAGUGUCUGCUUUGCUGAAAUGGGAAAUGAAGCUGACUACAUUCAGAUGGAUAGGCCAGCAUCUUAUUUUCAACCAUGGCCUUUGAAGGGACUAUAUAAUCCUCAGCCCAGCAUUUGCCCUCCAGUACCACCGCAUCCCUUGAGAGGUAGAAUGAAGCCAACUCGGCCUAAAGUAGACAGUCGCUUCAUUCAGGAUGUCAAUGUGAUGGAUGGUACAAUCACAGCUCCAGCAACCCCAUUCACAAAGAUUUGGAGGAUGCGCAACAAUGGCACUGUUGUGUGGCCCAAUGGAACACAACUUGUGUGGAUAGGUGGAGACAGAUUCAGUGAGACAGAUUCAGUUCAGAUAGAGGCUCCUGCAAAUGGUGUGCCUGUGGACAUGGAACUUGACAUUGCAGUUGAUUUUAAAGCGCCUGAGCUGCCAGGUCGAUACAUCUCGUACUGGAAGAUGUCCUUAGCCUCUGGCCAGAAGUUUGGGCAACGCGUUUGGGUUCUUAUCCAGGUUGUGUCCUCGAAUGACCCACUUAGUGAUAGUUUCCAUGGUUUGAACUUAAACUUGCCUCCUGACAGCAGUGGCUCAAAGGGUGCUGAAAUUAUAGAUGUAAAUGUCAGGCCUUUGGUGGACGGUAGUCUUCCUGAUCCCUGGAACCCUAAUACUGCUGCAGAAUCUAUUGAGCAAAUGAUCAGUAAAAGGCCCAUCAAGGAUGAGGAGCUGAAUUUUCCUAUAAAUGAUACUCUGCUAGUUGGCAGUGGUGUUCCAGGCACUGUUCCUACCAAGGUUCCUUCAUCAGUGUCAUAUCCUGCUGUUGAUUUUUCUGACAUUCCUCCUGUUGUACCCUCAUAUGAACCAUCUCUUGUUAAAGAUGCAUUUACAUCUUCUGGAAAGGUUGAUGAAAAUACUGAUGUUGGGCAGACUCUUCUAGUUGGCAGUGGUGUUCCAGACACUGUUCCUACCAAGGUUCCUUCAUCAGCGUCAUAUCCCACUGUUGAUUUUUCUGACAUUCCUCCUGUUGCACCGUCAUAUGAACCAUCUCUUGUUAAAGAUGCAUUGACAUCUUCUGGAAAGGUUGAUGAAAAUACUGAUGUUGAGCAGACUCUUCUGAAAGAACUUGAGGAAAUGGGUUUUAAGCAGGUUGAUUUGAACAAGGAGGUUUUGAGGAUGAAUGAGUACAACUUGGAGCAAUCUGUGGAUGAUCUUUGUGGUGUUUCCGAGUGGGACCCAAUCCUGGAGGACUUGGAGGAGAUGGGUUUCAAUGAUAAAGAAAUGAACAAGGAACUGCUGAAGAAGAACAACGGGAGCAUCAAGCGUGUGGUGAUGGAUCUUAUUGCUGGAGAAAAGGCUAGUGGAAAAGAGAAGACUCAGUAGAUGCAUACCUCAAUACUGCUUGAACAGUAAUAUAUAUAUAUAUAUAUAUAUAUAUAUAUAUAUAUAAAAUAAAGUGUGGGGUUGAGUACAGGCAUGUAUUAAAUUAUGGUUUUCUUGUCAGAUUUCACCCUUUAUUACGCUAUGGCAUGAAUAAUGUAGCAUCCCUGUGGGGUGGGAUGCUGGAUUUCAGACAGCUUGUUAUAUUUGUGUGCACAUAUUUAGUUGCUGCCCCAGCAUGCUUGCAGGAGGCUUUGUUAAAUAUAUGAUUUGUUUAAUU